CGGGGUAGAAAGUAGGAACAAGGGAAAUUUUUGGGAAGGAGGGAAUCCCGCCAUUGAAGCACGGUGAUAUAGCGGAGGAGGAAGAAGAAAUGGAUGACGAUUGGGAUUUGAGCGUGGAAGAGAUGGAUUCUCUUGAAAGAGAAGCUCUUGAGAGGAUCAAUCAGCAGCGGAAUUCCUCUUUCUCCAACAAUCGCAACCCACAGCUACUUCACACUCCCAACGAGGGUACCAGUUCCAUACCUCCUACCCUCGCGCCUAAACCGAACACUGUAUGCGUACAACAAGAUAAUUGCUCCAUUGAAAAUGGGCAAAAGGUUUCUGUCAAGUUUAUUCUUCAUGCCACUGGAAAUAUCGCUGCCAAAUUCGCUUUUAACCCUGUGUUGGUUGAUGCUGUACGUAAAAUCCCCAAGGCUACUUGGAAUGCUAAAGAGAGAUUAUGGAUCUUUCCCCAGUCUUCACUGCUAUCAGCUGAAAACAUUCUGCGGGAAGUGUCCACUAUAAGAGUUGAGGUAGAGAACUUAGAUCCUUUGGUACAACGGGCCAUAGCUUCUGCUUCAAGAGUUCCAGAUCUACGAAAGCUUUAUGACAAGAUACCAGGCCAUAUUGAAUCAAAGCUUCUGCCUUUUCAACGGGAAGGAGUAAAUUUCAUUUUGCAGCACGGAGGGCGUGUCCUCCUUGCAGAUGAAAUGGGUCUAGGAAAGACUUUGCAGGCAAUUGCUGCGAUCACUUGCAUUAAUGAAUCUUGGCCUGUGCUUGUUCUUGCACCAUCUUCAUUGCGUUUGCAUUGGGCAACAAUGAUUCAGCAGUGGCUGCAUAUACCCCCAUCAGACAUAGUUGUAGUUUUACCUCAAGUGUCUGGUUCAAACAAAAGUGGAUUUACUAUAGUUUCAUCAACUACGAAGAGCAGUAUUCAUCUUGAUGGUGUCUUUAACAUUAUCUCCUAUGAUGUGGUCCCUAAACUUGAGAGAAUCCUUAUGUCGUCCGACUUUAAGGUUGUUAUAGCAGACGAGUCACAUUUUCUUAAAAAUGCUCAAGCAAAGAGGACCAAUGCUUCCCUUCCGGUCAUAAAGAAAGCUCAAUAUGCAAUUCUCCUGAGUGGGACUCCUGCUUUAUCUAGACCAAUAGAACUGUUCAAACAGCUGGAAGCUUUAUAUCCAGAUGUGUAUAGAAAUGUUCACGAGUAUGGUAACAGAUACUGUAAAGGCGGAUUUUUCGGAGUCUAUCAGGGUGCAAGCAAUCAUGAAGAAUUGCACAAUUUGAUGAAGGCAACUGUCAUGAUUCGCAGACUUAAAAAGGAUGUCUUGUCUGAACUCCCAACAAAGCGCAGGCAACAGGUAUUCCUGGAUUUGGCUGAGAAGGAGAUGAAGCAAAUUAACGCCUUAUUUCGUGAGUUGGAGGUGAUAAAAGCAAAGAUUAAGGACUGCACAUCAGAAGAUGAGGUUCAAUCUCUGAAAUUUUCUCAGAAGAACCUUAUUAACAAGAUCUACACUGAUUCUGCUGAUGCCAAAAUCCCAGCUGUCCUGGAUUAUCUAGGAACUGUGCUUGAGGCUGGCUGCAAGUUUCUAGUAUUUGCACAUCAUCGGUCCAUGCUUGAUGCAUUACACCAGUUUCUUAAUAAAAAGAAAGUAUGUUGCAUUCGGAUUGAUGGCAACACUCCUGCAUCCUCUAGGCAGACUCUGGUUUCUGAUUUUCAGGAGAAGGAUGAGAUAAAGGCAGCGGUGCUGUCCAUAAGGGCUGCAGGUGUUGGAUUAACUUUGACAGCAGCCAGCACAGUUAUCUUUGCAGAACUGUCAUGGACGCCAGGUGACCUGAUACAGGCAGAAGAUCGAGCUCACAGGAUUGGUCAGAACUCUUCUGUUAACAUACACUACCUGCUGGCAAAUGACACUGUAGAUGACAUUAUCUGGGAUGUUGUUCAGAGCAAGUUGGAAAAUCUAGGGCAGAUGCUGGAUGGGCAUGAAAAAGCUCUGGAGGUUUCGUCCGGACAUGGGACCAGAAGUCAGGCAAAGCCGCCAACAAACAGCCCAUCCCCGUCAAAGCAGAAAACACUCGACACAUUCUUGAAGCGCUGCAACAACAACACGGACGAGGAGGCCUCGAGACACAAAUUUCCCAGAAACUGAAGCUCAUUAGGUUAUGUCGGAAUUGAAGCGUGGGAAUGGAAUGGAGAGUAGAUAGAAUAUAACUAAAAAGGGUUUUUAAAAAAAAGGUUAAUAUAUCUAAUCGGGAAUGGAACUUCCAAUUGCUGUGUAUGCAUGUACCGGUGGUAUUUUUUUUGGUUCCGCGGCCAGUGUAAGCACAGAACUUGUAAAAUAACCUCUUGGGAAAUAUAGGCCCUGUUGGGAUAUAACCAUUUCGGUUCUAAUUUA